UUUAGAGGCGUACAGAUAUUGAGCUCGGUUACCUUUUUGUUUUAUAUUAUUGUUCCAGAUCAUCUUCUAGUACCAUAUAUACCAUACUUUAUUCGUAUUAAUGGUUCCUAAACAUAUUCUAAGCACAGUGAGGACUUACAAGACCUGAAAAGAUAUUGGCGAAACUUUAUGUUGACGCGUAAACGACUUUGUUAAAACUCUAGCAGUGUAGGGCUCUUGUGCCUGCAAGAAGUUGGUAAAUAACAAGUCGACCUCAUGGCACUGCUGCUGGGGAACGCCGUAUGAAUAGGUGACAGCAACUCAACUCCGCCAGGAAAUCAAAUAAAUAAAUGUUCACAGAGUCAUAUUGUAGCAGUGUUCGCCUUGAAAUAAACGUAGAUGCAAUGAACUAAAGAAGGAUUUUCUUGCUUUCACUCUCCACCGUUUGACCUAUACUUUAAGAAGACAACUAUAAUAGUCAACACCGGAUAACUGCUGUGUAUGAUGGCGGGGGACAUGGGACUGCUAAUGCGAGGCCUGGCCAAGUUGAGCCAGGCCGUCAUAGAGACUCAGGGUACUACCCUGCGCAGUGGACCAGGUGCGGCUGGAGUAGAGGCCGCGGCCCAAAACCUUCAAGCGACCGCUGAGCAAGGCAUCGCAGCUGCUAUGAUGAAGAUGCAGGAGUUUUCUGGCCAGCAGCAAACAUCAUCAACAUCAUCCUCCUUCGACUCGGAGUUCGACUUCCCCCCAGCCGGUGACGACGCGGAGAGCUACGAGUUCGGACAGGGAGAGGAGGAAUUCAAGUUUGGCAAUGGAGCGGCCGAUGCCGGCGGUCAGGGUACAGCUGCCAGCGCUGGCCAAGCCAAGGGGAAGCUGUUCGAAGGAUAUCAAGACCCCCAGCAAGAAUUCAAGUUUGGCAAUGGAGUGGCCGAUGCCGGCGGUCAGGGUACAGCUGCCAGCGCUGGCCAAGCCAAGGGGAAGCUGUUCGAAGGAUAUCAAGACCCCAGCAAGCAGUUCACCGGACAGACUCGGUCAUACCGCCGGGAACCCAGGCACAUCCUUGGACACCCCACGUUCUACCAUCAGGAUCUGAACAGGCAGCUAUACCGUCUAGACCUGGCAAGUGUGAAGUUUGUGGGGCAGUCCAGGGGCUACCAUCAAGACCCUACCACGGUGGGGGGGCUGACCGCAGAGGACCUGGAGAAAGCCAGGCAGAGCAAAAGAGCUGAGAUGAAACCACACAAACAAAUGUUGAGUGAGCGCGCCAGGGAGCGCAAAGUUCCAGUGACGAGACUCAGCAGACUGGCCAACUUUGGAGGUCUGGCUGUGGGGCUCGGCUUUGGAGCGUUGGCAGAAGUCGCCAAGAAGACCAUGAGAUCAAGUGAUGGAGCAGGCGAUAAGAAGGCAGUGCUGGACUCCAGCCCCUUCCUGUCCGAGGCCAACGCAGAACGCAUCGUUAGGACCCUGUGUAAGGUGAGAGGAGCCGCGCUGAAACUAGGACAGAUGCUCAGCAUUCAAGAUGAUGCGUUCAUCAACCCCCAGCUGGCCAAGAUUUUCGAGCGAGUGAGACAGAGCGCUGACUUCAUGCCCAUGAAGCAAAUGAUGAAAGCGCUCAACAGUGACCUGGGGCCGAACUGGAGGGACAAGCUGGAGUCGUUUGAAGAGAGGCCCUUCGCGGCGGCCUCCAUCGGUCAGGUUCACCUGGCCAAGAUGAAGGACGGCCGGGAGGUGGCCAUGAAGAUACAGUACCCAGGCGUGGCUCAGAGUAUCAACAGCGAUGUCAACAACCUCAUGACGGUACUGAGCAUGAGCAACGCCUUGCCCGAAGGUCUGUUUCCAGAGCAUCUGAUCGAUGUGAUGAGAAGAGAGCUGGCCCUGGAAUGUGAUUACAUUAGGGAAGCCCAGUGCUCCCUGAAGUUCAAGGAGCUGCUCAAAGACCAGCCCUUCUUCUACGUGCCGGAGGUGAUCGCGGAGCUGAGCGGCAGACACGUUCUGACCACAGAGCUGGUGGCCGGCUUUCCCCUGGACCAGGCUGAGGGCCUCAGCAUGGAGAUAAAGGAAGAGAUCUGUAAGAACAUCUUGAUCCUGUGUCUGAGGGAACUGUUUGAAUUCAGAUUUAUGCAGACCGACCCAAACUGGUCCAACUUCUUCUACGACCCGACCACACACACGCUGCUGUAG